AUGAUUGACCCAAUGCAAGUCCUCGAGAUGGACAUUAUGAAGAAAACCACCUCUCUUCUCCCAGUUCCAACAAGCACGGCGACUGCUACUCCCUCGGUCGCCCCAAUCCCAACAGUCGUCCCUAACGUUCCAACUUAUGAAGUUGCCGGUCAAUCAGGUCAGACAACAUUAUGGGUUGUCUUUGUGAUCAUGUUCCUCUCAACCCUUACCUUUUUCUACUUGGCUUGGAGAGUACCAGUUCAAAAACGCCUCUUCCAUGUUUUGACUGCAUUCAUCACUCUUUUCGCCACCCUCUCAUACUAUGCAAUGGCAAUUGGUGAUGGAAACGCUCUCACACACAUUGUUCUCCGAGAAGUCCACAAGCACACCCCAGAUACUGUUGAGCACGUCUACAGACAAGUUUUCUGGGCUCGUUAUGUUGAUUGGAGUGUGACUACUCCUCUUCUCCUCCUCGAUCUUUCAUUCCUCGCUGGUCUCAACGGUGCCAACAUCUUGGUUACCAUCGUUGCCGAUCUCGUCAUGGUUUUGACUGGUCUCUUUGCUGCCUAUCACAACGAUGGAGCUGCCAAGUGGGGAUGGUAUGCUAUGGGAUGCGUCGCAUUCUUGGUCAUCAUCUAUCAACUUGUCAUUCCUGGCCGUCGUGCCGUUUCAAGCAAGGAUGCUAAGACCUCGAAGCUCUUCGCUGCUAUUGCAGGUUACACUUUGAUCAUCUGGACCCUUUACCCAAUCGUCUGGGGUAUCGGUGAUGGAUCCCGCACUUGGUCGGUUGAUGCCGAGAUCAUUGCUUAUGCAGUCCUUGAUGUCUUGGCCAAGCCUGUCUUUGGUCUUUGGCUCUUGUUCGCUCAUGACGGAAGUUCCUCUACCUCCGUUGAAGGAUGGUGGAGCCAUGGUUUGUCCAGCGAGGGUGCCAUCCGCAUUGAUGACGAUGAGGGUGCUUAAAUCUCCUCUGUAUUUUAACCUGUACGAUGCUAGUCGCGAAUGAUGUGACAAUGAUGUAUCAAGGAGAUCAAACAAAUUGUUACUAUUGUCAUGAAAGGAUAGGAGGAUGGUGUCAGGUAAUGAAAGAAAUGAGUUAUGAGAUGGUUGGUUUGGAAGGGGAGCUAUUACUGGCUUUUUUCUUUUACUAUUUGGAGGGCAUUCGGCAUUUGGCAUUUGAGCAGGGGAAAACCUCUUGUAGUAUAGCUGCAGUGUAGAGGAUAAUAAUCAAUCAACAUUACUUUACAACAA